UUCAAAUUACACUACUUUUUUUAUCUCUAUAUAUCGCUGAUAUUUGUCCACCAUGGCCAAGCGAGCCUUCAGGUGUUGGGCGUGAGUGAGUUGAGCAGAUUGGCAAGCUUUCGGAUGGGAAGUGUUUAAGGUGAGAGGUUUUUCACCUCCGAGGUGUGAACGGCGCACUGAAUGAUGCUAAACUGAUAAACCUGAACACAUGGUUUUAUCCACAGCUGCUCGCAUUGCUCAUGUCUAGGCAGCUACCCGGUACAAUACAGAGGUCACUUCUGGUUGUGUGUGUGGGCCUGUAAGCACCAACAUGGCCAGUUGCCAUCUUUCCUUCACCCUCUUGGAUUUUAGAUAUCUACUGUGGGUUUUGGAAGGGCCAGGCAACCAAGGUGUGAAGAAGCAAUUUCCACCUGGGUUCUGGGGUUCGACGUUUCCGUGCCCCACUGUGCUGCCAGGCUCGUGCAGCUCGUGGUGCUUUUGGCCACAGCCAGGACUGGCUUUGCUGACCAGCCCUCAGCACCAAGGCUUGUGUGCGGCUACCAUGCGGGCAACCCUGCGAGCAAAUGUUCAAACUAAACACAUGACCUCAAAGGCAUAUUCCAGGAUCGCACAAAUGAACAACCAUCAAGAUUUUCAAUUAGACUCGACCUAUUGUUGACUCCCGCAGCCGCAGUUUCCUGUGGACCAGGAAAGGUUGGGGUGUGCUUCUUUCACCAGGCUUCAAGCCCUUUCGAGCUGUGGGUACUUUCCGUUCUGGGCAAAAUGCUAGUGCACCGUGCAGAUUGCACAUCAAAUCCAAUGUGGAGCCGUGGUGCGAGAGAGAGAGAGAGAGAGAGAAAGCGCGCGCGCGAGAGGGAGAGGGAGAGGGAGAGGGAAAGGCUGAAGCUGGCGCUGAACAUGUUCUUGACGAGUUUGCUCAUGGCAGCACAUGUAUUGGUCCCGGUGGCACUGUUCACGCGGCACAUAGGCGUUUCAAACUUGGCAGCAGACGGCGGUGCUCCCUGUGUGCUUCAGUCCUUGCUAGGCAGAAAAGUGAGUGGAAACCGACCACCAUGCUCAGCAAAACAUGCCUGAAACGGAUUCCGGGACGGCCUGGGACUAGCUGGCCCACGGCUGACCCCAGAACAUUUUUUGCCCACAGCCAACGCAUGUGCUGCCUUGUCUCGUGAGCUGGCUCCUUUUGGAAUAAGACGUUUGGCUUGGAGGAGAACUCAGCACCGAGUGCAUUGGAAGCGAGCGUAAAAAGAGGAGUGGAAGAGGUUCAAAAUUCAUCGUGGACCGCGCAGGCAGAUGGCGAGCGCUAGCAAUGAGGCAUAUGGCCGCCGGAUUAGGACUACAUGAGCCAGACCAAGGCAGCCUGGACGGGAGCCACUCGUGUUGAUCCCGGCCGCCUGCUCAAGAGGAUGCACUUCAAGGGUGCGUCAAGGGCGACGCUUCAUUCGAUGGGUGAAAUGUUGUGGGCCCAGACGAGCCAGCGCUAGCAGCCUCCCCCCUGUGAUGUUGAAGGUUCUGUGAAGAGGUCGCAGACCAGGUUCAGCUUCCAAGAUACAUCAGCUGGCGUGGAGGAGCGCGCUUGGAUUGUCGUCAAUGCCGGCUGAUGGAAACCUUGCUUGCGGAACGAAAAAGACGCGUGCACAAAAAGAGUGAGAGAAAGAGAAAGAGAGAGAGAGAGAGAGAGAGAAAGAGAGAGAGAGAGAGAGACAGAGAAAGAGACAGAGAAAGAGACAGAGAAAGAGCAUGAGAAAAAAUAGAAUGAGAAAGAGAAAGGGCAGAAAGGGAAAGAGACAGAGCAAGAGAAAAAGGAAGAAAAAAAGAAAGAAAGGAAGACAGAAAGAAAGACAUAAAUACAUAAAUAAAGAAAGAUAGAUAGAUAGAUAGAGAGAGAGAGAGAGAGCGCACGCACGCACGCGGGCGAGAGGGGCGAUGGAGAGGGAGAGGGUUUUGGAAGUUGGUGGUGCGCUGACUGGCACAGGACAGCCGCAGUGCCGGUGGUGCAGCAGCACGAUACGGCCCCAACAAUGCCACGGUCGGUUAGCCCUACUGUAGAGCCGGGCCUCCUGGAACAUGAGGAUGACAGCCAAAGCGGAGAACGAUCAAGAAUUGACAGGGCUACCGGACGACAGGCCUUUGUAUGAGAUGAUUGAGAUGAUUGUUAUUGGCACUUGUAUACAUGUCAUAUAUACCAUAUAUCCUGUCCUUAGAUUGCCAUGGGAUUGUCUGUGCAAUGCAAGCAGCAAGCCGGAGCAGACGUGAAGAUAUCAGCUUGCGCAGGCCAGGAGUGCCUGUGGAGCACAGGCCCGCCGCAGAAGCAGUACCCGUGGUGGCUCAGCACACCACGGUCGCAUCGAUGCCAGAGCCGGCUAGCCCUACUGUACAGCCCGCCGUAGAAGCAGUGCCCGUGGUGCCUCAGCACACCAAGGUCGCAUCGAUGCCAGAGCCGGCUAGCCCUACUGUACAGCCAGCUGCGGUGCCGGUGGUGCCACUGCCCACAAGCACCGUGACUUUCACCACCACCCCGCCAGUGCUGCGUCCUGUGGAUGUGGGCGCCGCUUUGGAGCAAGGACUGGUGGGAGAGCUCUUCGAUUUCAAGACCAAGACCUCGACCGUAGCGGUCAUCGACCAUACCGUGCACCACUGGGGUGAUGUCUACUCGGCUUUGGCCAUCAAGUGGAAAGGCUUCCUUUUCAUUCGCAAGCCCGGUCACUACCGCUUCCAGAUCACUUGUUUGGGAGCGGCCGAGCUCAGGAUAGAUGGUGCAAUCCUCAUCAAGGAAGAUGCCUUGAUGCUUGCACGUGCCAGCAUCCCUUCCACCACUGUCACCCUACCAGCUGGAUAUCACUCGAUCUUAAUUGGCUACACGGAGCUAGAGGGUCAAGCAGGUUUCGCCAUCAACUACAUUGGACCAGAUACCGAAGAUGAGCCACAACCUCAGACAGGUUACGAUGACAACUUGGCAGUAGUGCCUGACUGGAGGGGUGCCCUUGAGUAUGUGGGUGCUUUAGCAAGAUCCCAGCAGCGCUUUCCCUCUGGGCUGGCCAAUACACUGCCGAGGCCCUUGCAGCAACCGCCAGCUGGCAGUUGCAUGCAUUUGAAGCACAUUUGCUGCGCCAAAGAUGACUGGCGGCUGAUGCACGAAGUUGAAAGAGAGAUUCAGGCAGCGAGCUACAAAAAGGAGGGUGAUGCUUUGGGCUUUCACAGGAGCAAGAAGCACAAAGUGGCUUAUGGUGAAGCCUUGUCUGAUGCACCGGCUUUUGUGAGUUUGGUGAAGCACGCCUUGGCCAUUUUCGAUCUGACGUUGGUGGACUGCUGGGCCAACUUGUGA